GGGGGCUAUAUAAAGGGAUCCAAUAGCCUAACGAGAUAUCAUAAGUUGUGGCCUUUUUUUUUCAAGUUUUUCCUUUGUGGCCACCACUUAGUCAGAAAACCAUGGGAAGUGACUUACGGAUGGGAGUUGGAAUAAUUGGUAAUGCAGCUUCUUUAUUACUGUACGCAGCACCAAUAUUGACAUUCACAAGGGUGAUAAAGAAUCGGAGCACAGAGGAGUUCUCAUGCACCCCAUACAUAUUUGCUUUGCUAAAUUGCCUGCUCUAUACCUGGUAUGGCUUACCAGUAGUCAGCAUUGAAUGGGAAAACUUGCCCUUGGUAACCAUCAAUGGCUUAGGAACAAUACUGGAGACAUCUUUCGUAUUCAUCUACAUAUACUAUGCCUCACCAAAGCGUAAGAUGCCAGUUUUGAUCAUGACGCUGUCAAUUUUGGUGGUGUUUGGAAUUUCAGCGUUUGCUUCAUCAUUUGCUUUACAUGAACAUCGUCCCCGUAAAAUGCUUGUAGGGACGGUUGGGAUGGCUGCUUCUGCAACCAUGUAUUCUGCGCCACUAGUCGCUGUGAAGAGGGUUGUAGAGACCAAGAGUGUGAAAUACAUGCCUUUCUAUUUGUCCCUAUUCUCAUUCCUUGCAAGUUUACAUUGGAUGACUUACGGGUUGCUGGGCCACGACAUCAUCCUUGCGGCACCAAAUUUUGUUGGCUGCCCACUGGCCCUUCUGCAACUUGUUAUCUACUUCAUUUAUAGAAAGAAUAAGGGGAACAUGGUGGAAUCUCAAGUAUCAGAUGUGGAGAAGAAGGCCGAUAUGGGGAACCCAAACAUGACAAAAACUCAAAAUGUGGACAUAGAGAAGGCAAUCAUAGAUCUAGAAAUGACAGUCGAGGUGCGAGCCAAAGAUGGAAACACAUCCACACAAACCACUAACUGUUAGUUGAUAAUGACUAUGGAGAAGUAAGGUGCAAGGGAAUUCACUGAAAGGCAAUGCAUCAGACAAGUGAUCCCUUGGUUUUUCAUUUUUUAGUGUUAUGAGAAAUCGGUGUAAGCUAAGAAUUACAAGAUAGAGAAUCUCUAUUAGGGAUGCAAAGUUUUUAGAGAAAACUGAGUAUGCAUAACAGAUUUGAUAAUAAUAGGGCAAGUUCAACAUAAAAUAUUAGUACUCAUGGAAAAUUUUGUUGCCCCUUCAUUAAAGAGAAAUUGUAAAGAGGCUGGAUGGAGGUGAAGGCCCUUGCAUACAAAAAUGGACAAAUGAGUUGCUGUGAGACCAGGAAUGUCUUUUAUGAUAUGAUGACUGAUGAUGUGUGUGUGUUUG